AUGGAAGAAGGCAUACCUUUACCGAAGAGGAGUUCUUCGGGGGGGUGGUAUGCGUUUUGCAAGAAACGAUUACCAAUUUUGGAGUGGGCCCCGAAGUAUGAUCAGACGAAAGCUGUAGCGGACCUCAUUGCUGGUAUCACCCUGGGUUUGACGCUAGUACCGCAGAGUAUAGCUUAUGCCUCGCUCGCUAAUUUACCGGUCCAGUAUGGACUGUAUUCGGGGUUUAUGGGUACAAUCCUCUACAUGUUCCUGGGUACGGUUAAGGAAGUAUCGAUCGGCCCCACAAGUCUCAUGGCUCUCAUGACGCUGCAGACCUGCCGAGGGCUGCCAGUGGACUUUGUGAUUCUAUUGGCCUUUCUGUCUGGAUGUGUCGUGUUCGUCAUGGGCUUAUUGCGACUGGGUUUCUUGGUGGAUUUAAUAUCGCCUUCCGUUACCAGUGGAUUCACAUCGGCGACGGCUGUUACCAUCAUAGCAUCGCAGGUGAAGGGGUUACUAGGACUCAGUUUUAUUGCGGAAACUGUGAUGGAAAACGUUUCUCUUAUAUCGCAAAACUGGGGACAAAUUCGAUUUAACGACUGCGCAUUGAGUGCUGCGUGCUGCACAGUACUACUUUUAUUGAGGAAAUUCAAAGAUAUCAAAGUCAACCAUAAGAGGUAUAAACUGAAGAAAGCGUUAUGGCUGAUAUCAAUUGCACGCAAUGCUCUCGUGGUCUGCAUAGCUUCUACGGUCGCCUUCUGUACUUACAACGCUGAGAACCCGCUUUUCAAACUAUCGGGUCGAGUGGAGCCAGGUCUGCCUCAAUUAAGUCUGCCACCAUUCAGCACGGUGAUCGGUAACCAAACCGUUGGUUUCAUGGGCAUGAUGGACUACUUAGGAUCCGCUGUGAUAGUAACACCUGUUGUCAUGGUCUUGGCAAAUAUCGCUAUUGCUAAAGCAUUUUCACCUGGAGGUAGAGUAGACGCAACACAGGAAAUGGUAACAUUAGGACUUUGUAACGUAGCGGGUUCGUUGGUUCACGCGAUGCCUUCGUGUGGAGCCUUCACUCGUUCCGCUGUUUCUCAUUCCUCAGGUGUGAGGACUCCUGCAGCGGGAUUAUAUUCAGGUAUCAUCACGUUGCUGGCUCUUAACUUCCUUACACAGUACUUCUUCUUCAUACCGAAAGCCUGCUUAUCGUCUGUUCUUAUCUGUGCUGUCGUUUUUAUGGUUGACAUUAACAUUAUAGGUAAACUAUGGAACAGCAGCAAACGUGAAUUAGUUCUUUAUACACUCACUUUUGGAGCGGGUAUUUGGAAAAACCUUGAAUUGUCAAUACUUGUUGGUGCCCUUACUGGACUGGCUUUUCUCAUACGCGAUGUGCUUCAAACGCCUGUUGAUAUUACACAAAUUAAGACAAACACCACAGACGUAAUUCGUGUUUCCGUACGUCGUGCACUAGUGUACGCAAACGCCGAACGUUUUGCCGCGUUAGUAAUAAAUAGUGCGACCGCGCGAUUACCCGUACUUAUUGAGUGCUCGGCCAUCACGUUAUGCGACUAUACUGCUACAGAGGUUUUAUCACGGUUACUAAAAAAGUUUCAAGAAAACGACCAGCUAUUGGUAUUCUAUAACGCAUCAAAAGACUCGAUUAAGUGGUUGGAAACAGUGUCUGGCAUUGAUAAACGGUCAUUAAAGGUCACAAGGGUACAGGAGGCAUUAGAUGCUGUGUCUACCAGAGAUCCGGAAGCUGAGAAUGAAACGAGUGCGUUGUUGAAGAAAUCGGUAAAGCGCGAAGAAAUCGUAUAA